UUGCGACCCCUAUGCCGAGUUGCUAUAAUUUUGUAGAACGCCUGCUCAAAAUAAACUCAGAAAUCUUGCAACGGGUGCUGGGCAGUCUGUAAGAUACAGUGCAAACCACUAAAGCUUUGGUGGUUCGAUGUUACAAUGGCGCUGAAUGGAUGAAAGGUGACAAGGAAAAUAUGAGUAGAUGCACAACUAAAUAUGGCAGGUCAUAAGCAAUACUAAAGCAAAAGCUAAUUGUUGAUGACUGCACAAUGAUAUGUGUUCUACAAUAGCAAUGAAAGUUAAGAUAUCGAUGCUUAGCCAAGAGAGUUGUAGAGACAGACUCUUGGUGCGAUAAUUGUGCAAAGGUAGGUACCCUGGGUAAAUAGAUAGCUGAAGAUGUCUCAACGUUCUUCGGAGGCCUCGGGGUCCUUGGCACUAUCAUCAGACCAUAGCUCGCAAGUCAAUCAAAUGAUGUUGUACAAAGAAACACGUAACUUGGUAGUCAUUUCAUGCCUUGGGACAGCAGUUCCAAGGAGAACUUCUCUGUCGAGCAUUCAAACCGCACUUGAGGCAGCAUUUAACAUCAUAACAUUAAGGCCACAUCUGUCUCGAAUGACGUUGCCUCUCUGCACUCAGCUAUUUCUAUACUCAAUUCCGUGGUCCAGCUCACGAUCAUGGCUUGCUUCAGCCUCUGAACGUGCAGCAUUCUCAGCCCUCACCAAUCACACAAGACACGUUACCAAUCCUAUCCUGGACAUCGGCCAGCCGCAUACCACCAGUUACACUUUCUUGGGUGAGAUUGAGGCGCUUGCUCAGCACAAUCGGCAGGCUGAAGAUGCAGCAGUCCACAGCGGGCGCUUCGAUGACAUGCUGAGACCGCCAGGUCGAGCCAAUAAGCCCCUGCCGCGCAAGGCACGGCAAAAUAAACACAUCAAGUUCCGAUAAUAGAUUCUCAUUAAAGGGAAGUGCAUUCGAGAGGCUGGCUUGAGCGAUUCGAUAUCGUUUUUAUCUUCAUUUCCAAAAUAUUAUCGCGACAAAAUUCCUCGCGCAGUGAAGUUGUUUAUUAUUCAGUGAGAAAACAUGGUUAGAUUAAGCUCAUCCGCGCUGACGGCAGUGG